CAUGUUGAAAGAAUUCUUUACAACUUUAUCAGAAGACUUUUCACAUCUUCUUGAUCAAUCUGAUGAUUAUAAUAUAUCACUUGAAAUUGGUGAAGAACCUGAUGUGAAAAUAUUUAAAGCACAUUCUAUAAUUUUGCUAGCUAGGUGUUCUUAUUUUAGAACGGCCCUUUCGAAUGAAUGGAUGAGAAAAGAAG